AGUGUGUAGUGGCGUGUCACAAGUUUGUUGAAGUCAAUGCCCUGGGUCUAACAGUAGCUGCCCUUAGCAGCUAUGAUUCCAACAUGAGAGCAGCUGCAUAUUUUGUCCUGGCUUCCUUUCGUUCUCAUCUGGAAGGAGCUCGCUUUCGAGAGCAGAGUCAGUUGCUGUAUCUCUUGGAUGCUGUGCAAAAUGGAAUCAGGCAGCCAAACCUCAGGUUUACCUUCUCUUUGACCCUCUACAUUGCUCGUGUGGCACAGCAGAUUCUAAAGCCAGAGGAGCACAUGUAUAUAAAGAUAAACAGAUUCCUUCUGUCACACCAGUAUUUGGACCUGAGGAAAGUUCCAGGAUUUUUCCAGCUUUUCUACAGUUUUGAUUUCGAGUACAAAACAGAACGUGAGUGGAUUCUCAGAUUUCUUGGAGAAGGGCUGCGUGAUAAACAUUGCUAUGAGCUUUAUGACUACCAGAGGAUUUUCCAGGUCAUUCUUUCCUUUUUCAACAGUCCUUUGUGUGAUGAGGGCUCCCAGAGUCGUAUUCUGGACAUACUACAAAAUGCUGCCCAUGUCACAAGAGCUGCCUAUGAACUCAUACAAGAUCACAGCCUCCUAACCUGGAUAGUGCACAUCUUAGAGAAAAGGUUUCUGGAAAACAAGAUGUUAAAUAAAAUUAUUUCCUUACUCCACACUCUAUGGCUAACAAAUUCAGGAGGCAAGAGAGCAAGCAGGAAUCAAUCCCAGGAGAACAGGAAAUUUCUUCCUAUUCAGCUUGUAAAUGAAUUUCUGUAUGUUUUGAUCACAUUAAUCAAACACAUUCGGACUAAUUUAGAUCUAUCCAAACUGACUCAGUUUUUCAGUACACUCAAUUCUGUGCUGGAAUAUCGUGCUGUAGUUGUUGAGGCUUUCAAAGAAAUGAGCCGGUUCACUGUGAAUGACAGCGUUCUCUCAAACAAAGACAUCCUGCUGCUGCUGCAUAAGUGGAGUGUCAUCAAAAAAGACCUGCAACUGCAAGAGGAUGUGCAGACUCUUGCUCAGAAAUACCAAAUCAAAGAGCUGCUUACCUCAUCUCGUGCAUAUCAUCACAUUCGGAAAAAGAAUGAGAUAGAAAGAGAAGAUGACACUGCUGCAGACUUGAAAGCUUCUGAGCUGGAGAAAUGCAGAGAUCAUCUGAAUUCCAUACUUGCCCACUGGAAGCCUGUUUUCCCACCGCCACCUAUCAAACAUCAAGGGGAGCCCCUCAAAUCUGCCGAGCUUGCAGAUGAAGCAGGCAGUCUUACCUGUGCAUCCACUUAUGUAGUAACUAAAUGGCUGGUGAAGUCCAUGGUUGAGCACAGCCUCAAUAUGCAAAAGGUGUUGUUAAUUCUGCGGUGGCUGCAGAAUUGCAUCUUGCCGCAUCCAGUGGCAGUGCAGGGGAUGCUCAGGGAUGAGAUGCUGAGAAACAACAUCUUCAAGUUUUACACCCAGGUCUGUGAGGCCAGCAGUGGGACAGCUGGACUCGAUAAAGAGCUCUGUUUGUUCAGUUCAAUCAUGCUUCACCUAAUGGAUGCCCAGGGCCUGACCAACAACAGCUGUCAUGAACUUGUGAAAAUGUUGUGCUUGUCAGCAGAGACAGAAGAGGACGUGAACAAGAAAGCUGUUUGUGUGUUCGUGACUUCUCUGUACAUUGGGGACAUGUGGCUUGGAGCACAGGAGCCAGAUAUGUUAAUAACUCAUGUCAAAUUGAUCUGCAGUAGUACAGAUGAUAAAGUAAAUGAUGAUGACUUGGAAACUCAUAAACAAGGAGAAGAAACUAUUACGGCUCUUUGCAAAACCCUUUACUUGGCUACAUUGGGGCAUUAA